AUGCUGGAGGAGCGCAAGCGGGUAUGGCAAAUUCUCCGCAAGGAGAUUGCCCACCGGACGUCGAUGGAGUUCAACAAGUACAUGCAUCUCAACAACUUCGCUGGCAAGCUCAAGUUCCGGCAUGAUGACCAGCGGCUCGAAAUUGCGGUGCUCCAGAACGAAAAGGGGGCCUCGCGCGCGUCGCAGGUGACUGAUAUGAAGGAGCUGUCAGGUGGUGAGCGCUCGUACACUCAAGUGUCGCUGCUGCUGGCGCUCGGCGAGAGUAUUGAAUGCCCGUUCCGAGUAAUGGACGAGUUCGACGUGUUCAUGGACUCUGUGAACCGUGAUAUGACGAUCCAACUGCUCGUGGAUGCCGCUAAGAAGGACGGCAAGAAGCAGUUUAUCUUCGUGACCCCCAACGACCUCAGUGCUCUGCGGCGCGACCCGAUGGUGAAGAUCCAGAAGAUGAACCCGCCGCGAGAUCGACUGAAUGCGGAGCGAGACUAG